AGUUAGCCAAUUGUUCUUUUGUUAUACAUAGAUCCUCGUUCAUUUAUUAUCAUACCAUUUGAGGCUCAGCUCAGGCGAUAGACGUCCAAUCCAUGUGAAACGAAGCUUCUGGCCCUCCUAAACUGAUUUAAAUUCACAGCAGAAGGAUAAAAAGAGCCAGAAAGUUCAACGUCCAUCAUCGUCAAUGGCACUGAAGUAGUUAAUAUGGCUGCACAAGUGUGCACACCCUGUUGUAAAUGGGAUGUGGCUAUUUUCAGGCUGAGGCAAUCGCAUUCCAAAUAUGAUCAGUCAGUAUACCUUAAAGUUAACAUGUUCUAGUAGGCUUUUGUUUGCUGACAGUGCCUUUUGGAAAGGGGUGUGUAGACUUUUUACAGGCACUUUCCGUGCGCACUCAAGCUUGUAAUGAGUAUUUAGCCGCAACGUAAGUAGAUAAUUAACAGUUAACGACCCCAACUCGCUUUCUUCAUCGAGUGGCGCGGAGUGCGCACGCAGCGUUCGUCACUAAGGGAAAGUUGCCACCACUGCGCGUGCGUGCGCGCGCAUUUGCAGUUCCGCGCCUCAGAAGAUGCGAGCUUCGGGUCGGACGCAAACUGCUGCGGGGGGCGGCCGGGCGUCGUUGAGCGAACGUACUCAGGCACCAUGGCGGCCGUCCGGCGCAAAUUCGGCGAGGACUACCAGGCGGUGAACAGCGGCGUGUGCGCGCCGGUGGCCAAGCGGAAGCGGCAGCGCUUCGUGGAGAAGAACGGCCGCUGCAACGUGCAGCACGGCAACCUGGGCGGCGAGACCAGCCGCUACAUCUCGGACCUCUUCACCACGCUGGUGGACCUCAAGUGGCGCUGGAACCUGCUCAUCUUCAUCCUCACCUACACGGUGGCCUGGCUGGUGAUGGCGUCCAUGUGGUGGCUGAUCGCCUUCAUCCGCGGCGACCUCCAGCAGCACGCCCGCGGCCACGACGCGUCCUACACGCCGUGCGUGGCCAACGUCUACAACUUCCCCUCCGCCUUCCUCUUCUUCAUCGAAACCGAGGCCACCAUCGGCUACGGUUACCGCUACAUCACCGAGAAGUGUCCGGAGGGCAUCAUCCUCUUCCUCUUCCAGUCGCUGCUGGGCUCCAUCGUGGACGCCUUCCUCAUCGGCUGCAUGUUCAUCAAGAUGUCGCAGCCCAAGAAGCGCGCAGAGACGCUCAUGUUCAGCCAGGACGCAGUCAUCUCGCAGCGGGACGGUAGGCUCUGCCUCAUGUUCAGGGUGGGCAACCUCAGGAACAGCCACAUGGUCUCCGCGCAGAUCAGGUGCAAGCUAAUAAAGUCCCGUCAAACCCCAGAAGGGGAGUUCCUGCCUCUGGAUCAGUGCGAGCUGGAUGUGGGCUUCGGAACCGGCGCCGACCAGCUCUUCCUGGUAUCCCCGCUCACCAUCUGCCACGAGAUCAACAGCAAGAGCCCGUUCUUCGACCUGUCGCAACGCUCCCUCAUGAAUGAGCAGUUCGAGAUUGUCGUCAUCCUGGAGGGAAUCGUGGAGACCACAGGUAUGACAUGUCAAGCUCGGACAUCUUACACGGAAGAUGAAGUCCUGUGGGGUCAUCGUUUCCUACCCGUCAUGUCCUUGGAGGAGGGCUUCUUCAGGGUGGACUACUCUCAGUUUCACAACACGUUUGAGGUGCCUACGCCUCCGUACAGCGUCAAAGAGCAGGAGGAGAAGUCAUCUCUGACCUCGCCCAAACCUCUGCCGGUGGCCCCCGUGCCCACCUCGCCGCCGGUGGGUAACGGCGCCCGAGGGGGUCGCAGGGGAAGGCUCCUCUCGGCCGACAACGUGGAGCCCGUGGAGGACCAAGCCGUCAGGCUGCCCAGCAAACUGCAGCGCAUGAGUUCUACCAGAGAGGAGCAAAUGUGGAGGGGGGUUAAGUCCAACGUACCCUUACCCGGAGGCAAGGCCUCAAGCACCGGUGACCUGCCGCUCAGCAUCCAGAGGCUCCGAUCCAGCUCCAUCCCCGCCGUUCGCCAAGGAGGCCGGCCGGAAGAGCGGGUCCAGCUCUUGUCCUUAGACGGGGACCCAGAGGACAUCGAACCAGAGCGACACAGACCGCCGCCAGCCGUCAACGCCAUCGCAGGCGGGCGGCCCGAGGACAACCUGCCACCCAAACUGCGCAGGAUGAACGCGGACCGUUAACUCCCGAAGACAAACUGUGAGAUGAAUUCAGGCUUUACGGCGCAUCCGGAGAAAGUGAAGCGUCAUGAAACUCUCCGGAGGCGCCGCGCGGGCAUUGCCGACAAUAAAUAACUGUGAUAUCGGUUGUAAAUUUACUUGCAGCUUUUAUUUCUCGUCUACCCUUCCAGAGACAAAAAGCCAUCCGUCCGCUCCUACUGUGAGUCUCUUUUGAUAGCUCACCAUCUGUGCCCCCCACCCUUCUGCCCUUGAGCUUCUUUCUUCUUCCAACACAGGCUUUCUAACCAGAUGAAAUAUCUAUAAAAGAAAGCAGCAAAGUGUGAGUCGCUAAAUGCGUUUGCUAACCUCUUCUUUCUGCUCCUUUUGUCUUUGGAGGUCAAAAUAUUUCAGUUCUUUUAUCCUUUGUCCAUGCCACUCUUGAUGGUAGUUUUUGUUGAAAACUGCAGACAAAUUUCCAAACCGAGGCAACAUUUGCCCGCAUGGUCUACUGUACCCUUGGCUCACAUAGUACCGCUAAUGCAGUGUUUUUCAACCUUUUAUAAGCCAAGGCACACUUUUUCAUUAAAGGGAACCUCGGACUUAAAGACUUGUAAGCUCUAAGGAGCCACAAUUGCUCUCUUUUACUAAAAUAUGUUGUUAGAAACUCAUAUUGUUGCCAUUGAUUAAAAGAAACAAAAUAUUUAGUACAUGUUUAGACCUACGGAGGGCGCCAUGUUUUACGCGCGCAAUGCACGCUGGGGGUGACUGGACUGGGAGAAUAGCUGUGCUAGCUAGCAAGUAGGCAUGUGCCGGUGUAAGAUUUUGACAGGGUGGUGGGACAGGCGGCUGGGUAGAAAUCCCAUGCUGCGGUCCCACUGCCCUAAACCAAGCUCUCCUAUUUUAAUGCAUACAUUGCACUACCCUCCCCUCACAAUCCCAUCACGGUGCUGGGUAAUGGCUACCACCCGGGAACCUAGCAGCCACAGUAAUAGGGUAGUAGGUGGAUCCGACACUUUUUCUCUAUGGCGUGCUCCUGGGGUGUGGCCUCCCCUCAGCCUGGGCUGCCGGCCGCGGGAGUGGGGGGAGGUCGGGGCUCUGAUCUCGCGUCGCCCCGCGGCGUCUCCUCUGCGUCCUCCUGUCUCUGCCUUCCCCUCUCUUCUCUGACUGGGUAUCCGCCCUGUGCUCUGUCACGGGUCGCUGGCUGGGCGCCGGUGUAUCGGCUGCAUGUUGCCUGCUCCGGUUGGGGACCCUGCCCUGAGCCUGGCGGGCCGCUGGUGGUCCUGUGGCGUGUUGUGCCAGUUGAGGGGCUGCGGCUGUGGCUCGUGGGCCGGCACGGGUGUGCUUGGGGUUGGUGGUGCGUCUCCUCUUGCCAUCCCUGAAGGCCGGUUGAUGGGUGCGCGGGUGGCCCGGAGGACCACCCUGGAUCCUGGGGGGGCGAUGGCUCCCUUGCUGGGCUGCUGCGGGAGGAGGGAUGGACUGCGCUGUAACCCAAACGCCUGCCGUCCCUCCCCGGGCUGGCUGGCUGGCUGGGUGGGGGCCGUGGCCCUGGGUAGGCGCCCGCGUGGUGUUUCCGCUCGUCUGCAUGGCUGUUGCGCGCUUGGUGGGGCUCGCGUGCGGCUGGGUGUGAUAGGGCGCGCUCGGGUGGGGGUCCCGGUGCCUGCAGUGGCGAUGGGUCGGUCACCAACGGGCUUACACUCACAAGGGAUUCACACGAUUAUUGGGCUCUAGAUCACAGAGCUGAUUUGUGUACACUCUACCCCUUUCAAUCACUUAGCUUAUAGACUCCCCCACUCCUGUCCCCCUCUUUCCCUGGUCAACAGGCCCCCCAGAUGGUGUCAAUCGGAAAUACAUCUAGCCGACGAUAGCACCAACAUAUUAGUAGUGUAGACGUUCAAUGUAUUUCUUGUUGUUGUUUGUUUGUGUUUUUCUUCUGUUUCCCCAUAACCCCUUCCUGUUCGCUGCUUUGUCAUAAUAAACGAGGUAUGUUGAAUGAUCACAAUGAGAGUAUGUCAUACUCUCAACUGUGAAACAUUAAAACUGUUCAGACCAACCGGGCACUUAGACUCUCAUUCUCCGUGUCAAACAGCUGAACUGGACAGGUUUAAAAAAAUAAAUAAGAUUUUGACAGUAUGAUAACCAUAAGCAAAAAUACCACGGUUUCAUGGUAUUACAUUUAUAGCUCUAAAAUGUGUUAUUUUGAGAUGUAUGGGUUAAAAAAACAAAAAUACUGUUUUCCAUUGAACACCAUUUAUUCAUUUUUCACAACAUAUUUGCAAAUUGGCAGAGACGUUUACAAUGGCGGAAGACUUUACCAAAGUAGGCUAAUGGUAGAGAGGAAACUACUUAGCCGUCUUGGCAUGGUAACUAGCCACGUUAUCUGCCUCGUUAACGAGCUUACGUUAUAGUAUUUGUUUUACCAUCGCUAGACACACUAAACCAGCUUGAGUGAACACUCAUGGCUGGUGGGAAACAUUCAUGACAUCAUUUACUUACCUUACAUUUUGUGUAAAGUGACAGAUGAUGAUCACGUAAAUGUGAAAUUAUGUUGGAGGUGUUGCCUGCACGUCAGCUGUCCUUCCUCCUCUAAGCCGCGGCCGUCUGUUUCUUUUCGGUAGCCGAAGUAGUCCCAUACUAGGUACUUUGUCUAUUUUUGAGCGGGGAAAAAGCUCAGGUGUAGUGUCACUGACAUACAUAGAACAGAGCAACAACUGGAAAGGGAUGGGCGAGCAUUGCCAUUUCAAGCCACGGAUUUUUCGCUACAUUUUUGGGACCUCAAAAAUAGCUAAUACCGUAACUAUGGCAUGAUGGAAAAUUGUAGUGGUUUUGAAACCGUGGUGUUUUCAUACCAAGGGAUACCUUGAAACCGGUAACCAGCACAUGCCUACUAGCAAGCAAAGCGAGUAUGACGACUGGUAUUAUUUUAUCACAUUCUGCUGCUGGUCAGAUGGUUUUGAUAAAGAGAUGUGGGAUGAGUUCCUGACGUCGUACCUGCAUCUAAUUCCAGCUCAUUAGCAGUGUCUUUAAACCGAUCCUAGGCGGCUUGCCCAGAUAUUGACUUGCUGCCAUUUGACAGUUUGUAUAUCCCUUCGUUGCUAGUUGCAUCACCGCCUUGUUUUUUUCGUUUGUCUCCCUCUCACCGCAGUUUUCCCUCGUUUUUUUUGUU